CGGCAGCGCAAAAGCAACAAAACACAACGGCGCCUGCAACAGCAGUGCCUUUGACGCAGUUUGCACGUCUGUUCCGGAGCACGCUCGCUGUUACGUGCAUGCGCGCGCGCGCGCGCGCCGUCGCGCGUGCGGCGCACUUGCGUCACGCGGGGAGGGGGGCGCAUGCGCAGCGCGUUCCCCUGGCAACGAAGCGACCCGCCGCCUAGCGGUUGGCCGCAGUGGCCACACGAGCAGCCGCCGAGGAGCCGUUCUGCUGCUACGCCGUCGGACCGCUCGCCGCUGAAACAGUCUGCCCGCAGUCGCCGUGCGUUCCUGGGAAGUGGUCGUCCUCGGCCGGCCAGCUGCAGCGAGUAAUACCUGUGGACCCAGAGUCGACCAACGUUUGGAAUCAUGAGUGUCGAGGAGGCCCGGUUCUCGGUGUUGGGCUACGACCAGGUGGUGCGGCUGCAGGAGCUCCUGGAGGAGCCCGUGUCCGUCCAGGGUCGCGGCAACUUCCCGGCGCUCGAGACUCGGCUGCGGGACCUGGUGCAGCGCGUGCGGUCGCAGCUGGGCCGCCAGGGCGUGCCCGUGCGGGACGUGCGGCUGAACGGCGGCGCCGCGUCCUACGUGCUGGAGCCGGACACGUCGGCCGAGUACAACGACCUGGACGUCAUCUUUGGCUGCGAACUUGGCAGCAGCGGCGCCGGCGGCUUCGAGCGCGUCAAGACAGCCGUGCUUGACGCACUGGCCGAGCUGCUGCCGGCCGGCGUGAAGCGCAUCAAUGCGUGCGCCCUCAAGGAGGCCUACCUGCACAAGCUCGUGAAGGUGGCCACCGACGAAGACCGCUGGUCGCUCGUCUCGCUUUCCAACAGCCUGGGCCGUAACGUCGAGCUCAAGUUCGUGCAUCGAAUGCGGCGCCAGUUCGAGUUCAGCGUCGACUCGUUCCAGAUCGUGGUGGACCCGCUGUUGCUGCUACACCAGUGCGGCGGCGGUUCGGCGGAGGCGUUGCUGCCACGCUGCACGCAGGACUUCUUCCCCAGCGUGCUUGCCGAGUCAGUGUACGGCAACUUCGGUCAGGCGCUGGAGCACCUGCGGCGGCGGCUCAUCGCGACGCGCAACCCCGAGGAGAUCCGCGGCGGCGGCCUGCUCAAGUACUGCCACUUGCUGGCGCGCGGCUUCCACACGACCGACUCGACGCGGGCCCUGGAGCGCUACAUGUGCUCUCGCUUCUUUAUCGACUUCCCCGAGAUCCAGGCGCAGCGCGCAAAGUUGCACAGCUUCCUGGCCAACCACCUCUCGCACGAGCGGCUGCGCUACUCGUUCCUGGCGACCCUGUACCGCGUCGUGGACGGCUCUACAGUGUGCCUGAUGGGCCACGAGCGGCGCCAGACGCUGCAGCUGAUCCAGGAGCUGGCAUGCCGCGCGCUGCUUGUGCAGCAGCAGCCGCCCCGGCUGUGCGGAUUCGCCCAGCCCUGCUGGCUGCUCGGCCUGGGCCCCACGUUGGGCCCGGCGGGCUUGAGCCCCGGCCUGGCCGCAGGACCCCUCUGAGCGCAGGCGUGCGUCGUGGUGUGCGUGUGUGUGCGCGACGGUAUGCAGCGCCGGAAGCCGACAGGGCGGCCUUGGCCGCCCGCGGGGAGGACGCACGCGCGGACCGACCCGGGUCUUCCAUGGCCCCCCCUACCCUGCAAGUCACGUGAACUGCGGUCAGUCGGACUCCUUGCGCGCGCCGGAAUGCAACAGCUGAGCGGGGCCCAAGGCCGCCCUGUUUUUUUGCCAUGUCCAACUGGGCCGCUCUGUUUCCCUGGGCAAGGCCGCCCGGCAGCCCUAGAUAAGGGCAAGGCCGGCCGCUCCGAACCGCGAGGCCGACGGCCGCUCUGUAAGCUGCCGCAACCGGCAGCUCCCCUCUCCUCGCAAGUCCUUUUCUGUAACAAAGCAUAAAACCAAUGCGAUGUGUUCGGCUCCAAAACUGUA